AAGAAAAAACCCAACCGGAAAUAGAACUCUUAACCGGAAGUAGGCGCGGGCUGGGAAGUUGAAAAUGGAAGCUGCUGUGUUUAUCCUGUCGUUGGUCGACUGUUGCGCCUUGAUUUUCUUGUCUGUGUACUUUAUAAUCACUCUAUCUGAUCUUGAAUGUGACUACAUUAAUGCCCGAGCUUGCUGUUCGAAGCUAAACAAAUGGGUCAUACCCGAACUAAUUGGCCAGGCUCUGGCCACAUUGCUAAUGCUAGUCUCCAUGCACUGGUUUAUUUUCCUCCUGAAUGUACCUGUGGCAUCGUGGAAUGUUUACAGAUAUGUGAAGGUUCCUAUGGGUAACAUGGGAGUGUUCGACCCAACAGAGAUCCACAACAGAGGACAGUUAAAGUCCCAUAUGAAGGAGGCCAUGAUCAAAUUAGGUUUCCACCUGCUCUGCUUUUUCAUCUACUUGUACAGCAUGAUCCUGGCACUGAUCAAUGAUUGAUGCUGCAGAGAUGCAAGAAUAUCAACUGCCAAACCAUAAACUGUCCACUUUGUGCUGUGAAUACGGUCAUCUCUCACAGCUAAAAAAAACAACAACCCCACACUCCAUCAGACACGUCAUCCUCCUGACUAUAAUCAUCAUCGUACUGAAAUAAUCCACUUGAAUGACUGGUGUUCUUAUAUGUUCUUUGCUUGUGUACUUGCUUCGAAGUUAGGCUUUGUGUAGUUACUUAAUUUCACUGUUUUUGCAAAAGGCUCUAAAGCUGUAGCACUGAUCACAUCAUGCGCUGCUUCUCAGGGCUGAAUCAAUAUGACAAUCUCACUGACUCAUUAGAGCAACCGAUAAGCUUCCUGCUGGUAAGCAUAUCAUGUCUCCACACGCUUGUCUUAAUCAUGCCAUCAUUGUACACGUGUCCAGCUGUUUACCCGGCGGAUGUUUUAUUGUAAUUUGCUGGAAUAUGAUCUGUGUAUAAUGUUGUAAUGUCAUUCGGUUAAUGUUAUUACUAUGAAUGAUUCCAAACUGUAAUAAGCACAUUUUAAAUUAAUGGAUUCAUUUGGAUCAAGUGAGAACAUGUGUUUUCCCCUUACGAUUUAUGCCAAGAUUGUGUGUUCCUGUUUUCUGCAGUAUUAUUUCUAUGUUUUGGGUGUACCUUGGUUAUCUCUGUUCCUCCUGGUUUUCAUUUUAACAAAUGUUAGCAGUUCAUUUAUCAAGAUGCAAUUUGUCGGUGUGAGCCAUUCUCACAUUUAUUAUUAUUAUAUAAAGAUGAGUCCAGUUAGAAUGAAAAACACUAUGCUCAGGGGUAAUAAGCCAGGAGUUGCUGCUAUGCUGUUAUAACUUUAGCUCUAGCAUUUCUGGUCUCUCUUGUUUCAUGCAUGCUGUAUAUCUGUUUCACAUUGAUUACCUUUCCAUCUUGUUGGGACUAGCUCAACAGCAGAAAAGCCCUGUUUUAUUAAUGUAUGUCAUGUAUAACGUUGCAAAACGGUUACAUUUCUACUUGCUGGACAUAUCUCUUGGACAUUGCCCUAAUCUAUGAUUUUUAUUUUUUUUUUGGGGGGGGACCCCUCCCUCCCCUCAAGGCACAGUCUUAGUGUUAAAUCAAAGUAACACCCCACAAAUCAGGAAUGAUGCUACUGAAUGAGCAUGAUGCCGUAUUUCUAUUCAAGAGUAAUCCCUGUGUUUAUUUGAAGGUGCAGUUUGGAGUUUUUAUUUAUUUUUCUCAGUAGUCAUACUCAUGUAAUUUCAAAGAUAUUUCUUAAAAAAGACACCAAUAUCACCAGGGUAGUUUCUUUGCUUCAUGAUUGUAUUUACGUGUAUUUUUUAAAAUAGUUUCAAUCUUCUAGCUGUACAACCUUCUCACAACAUGCAACAUAUGAGGCAUACAUAGUUUCAGCGGAGCCUGUGGGGUCUCUUUGGGAGAAAGGUAAAUCGUUUCAUUGCAAUUACAGUUUGCCUUAAAGGCAGCAGAGAAUUCUAAAAAUUACAAACUGUUCCUUCAAGAGCAGUGAUUAUCUACAACACAAGGAGACAUUUUCUUGUUAGAAAUACAGAGAUAGAGAGCCAUAACGAAUCCAACAGCUUUCCCUCACAUUCUUAUUAUAAAGGACAAAUAUCCACAUUGCCAGAAAGACCGAAGUGUGCUGCCUGUUAGUUCACGGACUGACUCAGUCUACCCCUUAUGGCCCAGAAUUCUGCAAGGUAUUCUGGGAUGGAUAUAGGGAUUUUGCAGGUUUUUCCCUUCUUUAUCUUACAUUUACUUUCACUUGAACCAUUUUUGCAGGUGUUUGGUUAUCUUUGAAACACCAACUCAGCUGCCAACUCAAGUCUGUGCUCUUCAUUUGGCAGCUUUAAAAUAACCCAUGACAGGGUAAUUAAUUAAAAUCUCUACACAAGCCUAUUUCUUCCUAGCUGCAGUGUCCAAUGAGAAAGUGAUUUAGGACUGUUUGGGGAUAAUUCAUUAUGUCACAGCACUGUAAGUGGAAUAUUGUCAGCAAGAACGGUGGUAACUGGUGCGUUUAAUUCGUGUCACUGGAGAGAUUUGGUCGAUUUGUCUUUUAUAUAGAUGUUAGCCUACAAUGGCAUGGCAGUAUUUCUUUAUAUUGUGAUACUGUCUUCCCCAAAAAUGCACCACAAUAAAUGAAAACUACAUGGAAAUUAAAAAAAGGAAAACAUGACUGUAAGAGUUGUUUUUGUUUGUUUUGUUUUGUUUAAUCCAAAAGCAAUCCAAUUUCAUUGUAAAUCUCAUCAAGGGUGUGCAUUGCAGAAAGCCAAUAAACUGAUAGUGACUCGU